AUGGCUGCCAACGAGAAGCACGAGCCAGUCACGUUUGGUGCCACGGUCCAGCGGUCCCCCAGCCCUAUAACCCCCAGUGACCUGCAGCCACUGCGCUCACCACCCUCCAACGACUCCACCAUGUCAUCUGCAACCGCCGAUGCUGAAACGGCCAAGAAGGAGUGGGCCGCCGACCCCUCCAAUCCCUACUCGGCCUUUUACAAACACCCCGAGGCCCUCCGCGAGACGCGUCAGUCGCUCGUAGACGGCAUGCACAACGGCAAACACCUCGCCGUCGCCGUCCACGAGCACGACCUCGAGGGCGGUGUGCCACUGUCAGUGGCCUCGACGCAGCAGCAGUCAAAGCAGUCGGUCGAUGGCCGCGUCAAGGAGUGCACAAUGUGGCCGACACGCCAAGCUGUCCUAGACAAGCGGAAGUCGUACAAGCGCAAGCGCGGCUGUGCCUUCUUCCGGAACAUGACCAGCAAGCAGAGACUGUGGGCCAAGAUUGUCAUCGCUCUCCUCGUUGUCGCUGCCGCUGUCGGCCUGGGCGUAGGCAUCUCGAGAGCCGUCGGUGGCGGCGUAUGGGCAGGCGACGGCCGAUCUCGCGAGAUUCCGCACAAUUGA